CGUCAGAUUCAGCGUAGCGUGUAAUAUGGGCUGGUGAUAACGUUAUUUAGCCUGCUAACGCUGCGUGUGCUGAGUUAUUCAGUUUGGCUCGUUUUUUUGCGCAGCGCUGGUAAAUAAAAUGUUAUGAACUGAGGUGUUAAAGUUAUUAAGAGCAGGAUCAGCAAUGCGCCGCCUGGGCUCAGUGCAGCGGAAGAUCCCCUGUGUUUUCCUCACGGAGGUGAGAGAGGAACCAUCCAGAAAGCGAGACUGUCAGCAAUUUCAGGUGGUCGCUACAGAAAACGUGAAUCCUGUGGCUCUGGAAUCAGACAUCGACUGUGCCCUCGCCACAGAGAAGCUGGAUGGCACAUGCUGCUAUGUCACAACGUACAAAGGUGAACCGUACCUUUGGGCACGCUUAGAUCGGAAACCAACCAAGCAGGCAGACAAGAGGUUCAAAAAGUAUCAGCACUCUCAGAAGACCUGUAAAGGUUUCACAUGGAAUGUAGAAGAAGAUUUCAGAGCUGUGCCCGACUCCUGGAUUCCUGCACACCGGGUCCAGCAUGAGAACGGUCAUCCAGUGCCUGAUGAACAUGGUCAUAUCCCUGGAUGGGUUCCAGUGGAGAAUACCAACAAGCAGUAUUGUUGGCAUUCCUCUGUGGUGAAUUAUGAAGCUGGAUUAGCUCUAGUUUUGAGGCCUCACCCUGAGGAUGAAGGUCUGCUGGAAAUUGCCAGCGUACCACUGUCGGAGCUGAUGGAGCAGACGCUGGAGCUGAUUGGAACCAAUAUCAAUGGAAACCCGUAUGGGUUGGGCAGCAAGAAGCAUCCAGUCCAUGUUCUGGUGCCCCAUGGGAUCCUGCGAGUCAGAAACACUCCUCCGGUGGAAUACCAGCAGCUUUACUCCUGGUUCCAGGAAUGCCACGAGGGCCGCGUGGAGGGAAUCGUUUGGCACUGUAAUGACGGGACUCUUAUCAAGGUUCAUCGCCAUCAUUUGGGUCUGAAAUGGCCCAACGGUGACACCUUUCUGAACUCCCGGCCUGUGGUUGUUCAUGUGGACAUGAAGGCGUAUGAUCCAGCGGGUUUGGCUGACUCACAUAAGGACUUAUUCUGCAUACUGUCCGGCUUCAACGGAGAGCAUUUCAACUCCCUCCGAGACAUCCAGGUUGAAAACUGAUAAUUUAAGGUGGACCAGGGAAAUACAAAACAUUCCUGUAUACUGUUCACCUUGUGCUUAAAAUAUGGUCAAUGAUGUUAAUCUUUGCCAGCUCUUAAAUGUUACCAUGAGAUCAAAGCUGCUUAUUGUAAGUCUUUAAGAAGCCGCUGUGCAUGUAUUUAAGCACUUAAUAAUAGUAGGCACAUGAUGUAUGGUAAUGCAAGCUUUAAACAGUGGAUUCAUUCACUCUCGAUUUUAAGAGGGAGAGUUAAAAUGUAUAUAAUUUAUUUGAUACGUCUGAGUUCUUCAGCACAUCACCAUCACUACAAAUAAGUAAAUAAAUGACCUGAUUACAAAAAAGUGAAAAUAUGAAAUAUAU